UAUAAACCUACUUGUAGGUGUGGCCCAUCAAACAAAGAAGAGAGAGAGAGAAGGAACUGCUAAUGGCGUUAGAACAGCAGAGGGUACCUCUAGGUAGCAAUAAAUGGAGCAGUUGCUUAUGGCAGGCGGAAAGAGGCCCUGCUGGUUUCAUUCUACCCCAAGCACAGGUCGAUAAAGGAGAGGUAGACCAGACUAAACUAGGAGGAGGACCAUCAGGAGAUUAUCCCGUGAGCAUCAGGGAGCUCAUACCAUCCCCCACUUCAGUUUAUGACGUGUUAGACAGACUAGGUAGGGGUACCUUUGGUCAGGUGGUGCGGGCCUGGAAGAAGAACACUUCAGAGAUUGUGGCCAUAAAGAUACUCAAGAGCACUCCUUCCUAUGCCAAGCAAGGACAGAUGGAGGUUGACGUUUUAUCGAAACUGAGUCGACUCUCGCCUGAUGAAGGAUCUUUUGUAAAAGCGUACGAGAGUUUCCAACACCACGGACACAUCUGUAUAGUGUUUGAGUUGCUUCACAUCAAUCUUUAUGAUUAUUUAAAACAAUCUCGGUUCGACCCUCUGCCUUUAAAAUAUAUCAGACCAAUUGCUCAACAGGUUCUAUGUUGUCUUGAGAAGCUAGCUUCACUGGGUUUGGUACAUGCUGACUUAAAACCAGAGAAUAUAAUGUUAGUAGAUCCACAGAGGUAUCCUUUCAAAGUGAAGGUAAUAGACUUUGGGUCUGCUAUGUCACGUGAUAAAACCAGCCCCUCCUGUUACCUCCAGAGCAGAUACUACAGGGCCCCCGAGGUUAUUCUUGGUGUUAAUUUCAACGAAGGUAUUGACAUGUGGUCUCUUGGCUGUGUCUUGGCUGAGCUUUAUUUGGGUUGGCCUUUGUUCCCUGGGGCUAGUGAGUUUGACCAGAUCACUUACAUUUGUCAGACACUAGGACCACUCCCUCAUCAUCUCAUGAGGAACAUCACCAAAGCAACGAGAUUCUUUAAUUGUGACCCUGUCACUAGCACUUGGUCUCUUAAGUCAAUCAGUCAAUACACUCAGGAGACUGGCAUUCAAUCAAAGGAGUCUCGGAAAUAUAUCUUCAGAUCUUUACUGGACAUGAACCACCUGCCCCCACUAGCGGCUGGCAUUGAUAAUAGAGAGGCUAUCCUCACGUCAGUGGAUCGGAUGGAGUUCAUAUCACUUCUCUCUCGCAUGCUGUCCCUGGACCCUACCCAAAGGAUCCGCCCCCUCUCAGCUCUACAGAGUCCGUUCAUAACAAUGCAGCACCUGGCGACCCACACCAACACACAGACAGUGUGGAGCUGGAUACAAGCAAUGGCUGUCUGUCACCAGCCACGCCUCUCGACCACACCCCUCAGUAUAAACACUCAUCCUUCAUUGCAGCUACUGGGCCAUACAGGACUAACAGGAGGUGGGGUCCUACCCACGUCAUGUUGCCGUCAAUCAUUACAAACUGGCCUCUAUCAAACUGCUGUCAUACCUCAUAACGGAGCUCAUCUGGUAUGUCAUGUUGCUCCUUCAACAUUUGGAUAUCUCCCAGUCUCUCACUCUCACCUCAUUCAGACCCACCAGAGAGAGACUCACCCGGUACUGACUACUGGUCAGUGGAUACUGGAACCAACAACAAGACUACAACAACAACAACAACAACAACAACAACAACAACAACAACAUGGAGGAGGAGGAGGAGGAGGUGUUUAUGCUCAUCAUUUGUGUACUUGUCAUCAACACAGUCAGUCACAACAGCAGGCAAGGAAUCAAGUGAUAUUACCUUCUGAUCAAGUGGUUACUGCAGCAACUCAUCUUCCAACUGAUUCCAUUACUAAUAAGCUCCUCCCACUUCAGCUCCCGGCUUAUCAUCCAUUUAGUCGUCUCUAAUUAAAGGGACAACAGUGGGUGUGGUUGAUAAAGGGAGUGGUUUAUUUCUCGUAUCUUUUUGUCAUUGAUUAAUUAUUGCCUAAUGUAGGCAGUGACAUUCACAAUUUUUGUAUGUAUAUUGUAAUUUUAUUAAUAACUA